CGUUCGACAAAGAUCGUCAUUGGGUGCGUUCUAUUUGACGCUGUAAAAGUAUCAUAACUUUUAAUUGACUAAUCAAAACAAAGAAGUCCUUUGCCUCUUGUGUGCUUGGUCUACUUUCGCAUUCUGUCAAUUUUUUAAUCAAAAGUGAUAUUCAAUGAUUCGCACAAAACUAUCGUUCACCAUUGCAAGAGUAGCAAAAAUGUCUUGACGGAGAUUGAAAUAAAGCACACUUUUCCCAACUUGUGGGAUUAUAGAUUUUAAGUUAGGUUAAGCUUCCUUACUGUCACCGUCAAGGACAGUUUCAUAUCUACUUACCGGCAGAAACAUUUUGAUUGCGCAAAGGCAUGUAUUCUACGAAGACACCGACUCUUCGUAUUGACGAAGCUGAUUUGAAGUGCAAGAACGGUUGUGGAUUUUAUGGCAAUGCGGAAUGGGAAGGUUACUGCAGCAAAUGUCAUCGGGAACAUUUGCAAAAACGACGCGCCCAGGCCGAACGCAUAUCUCAUUCAGAUAACAUUAAUCGAUCAGUGAGUGCUGGAAGUCACAAGGAGGAGAAAAAGGUACAGCAAGAGAAAAAGUAUAAAUUGUUAAACAUUUCGUUUAGGAAACCUACUGCAAAAGUUCAAGGUUAUCAGGAAUUAUAUCACGAGUUGUUAAAAGAUAAUACGGAUCUCGAAAAAAUUAAGGCAGAAAAUCGAGAUUUAUUGUUAUAUAUAGCCAAGACCCCAAUAGAAAAGGAUGUACGAAAGUGCAUACAUUCAUUUGUAGUAGACAUACUACAAAAUAAAGAUGUAAAAAGGAUAGAAGAAUUGUCAGAGAUAACGCAAAAUUUUUAUCAUGUGUUUGGAAAACGUCUAGAAAAUAGCACCAAAUAUGCAGAUAUACCAUCAGAUAUUAAAGAGAAGUUGUUAGAUUAUGUUGAAAGAUAUGCAAUGACUUUGUUAUACAGAAUUCUUUUCUGCCCUCCAUUCACAUCUGAUGAAGAAAAAGACUUGGCCAUACAAAAAAGAAUACGGCAAUUAAAUUGGGUUAGCGGCAAGAAUUUGGAAUGCAGGAUUCAUGAAACAAGCUCAGAAGUCAGAGAGCUUGUUUACACAUCCAUUACAGAUCUUUUAAAUAUGGAUUCUGCCAAAGCGCCUCAAGAGAAAUUGGCAUGUGUUAUUCACUGCUGUAGAAAUAUAUUUUUAUUAUUGCAACAAUCUGUUGAUGGACCAGCAUCCGCUGAUGAAUUCCUUCCAGCACUCAUAUUUAUCGUUUUAAAGGCUAAUCCCGCCCGUCUUAAGAGUAAUAUAAAUUUUAUUACAAGGUUUUGCAAUGCCAGCAGAUUAAUGACUGGUGAAGGAGGGUAUUACUUCACAAAUCUGUGUUGUGCAGUAUCAUUUAUCGAAAACUUGACUGCAGAAUCCUUAAAUAUGGCUGAGAAGGACUUUAAUGCGUAUAUGUCAGGAGAGUGUGUUCCAGCUAAUACAUGGGAAUCGGCUCUUAUGAUAUGCGAAAGUUUACACUUUAUGUGUGAAGAUAUAACUUUGUUGGAUGAUUUGCAAGCUAAAAAUGCCGAUAUCAUGAAACAAGCAGAAGAAUUGAAAAACAAAAUGAUAGAAUUUAAAGAAAAGAUUAAAGAGGAUGUAAGUAAAGUGAUUGAAAGGACACCAUUGUUGAUAUCUCAUAGUCAGAGAGUGCCUACUAAUUUAGAUAGCGAGGAUUUUGAGAGCUAUCAGCUUCCCCCGCCAAUUAUUCCGCAGAUAUAUCCGCAUUCAGUCGGCGAUAACGUGAAUAGCGGUGUAAUGACAGAUCUGUCAAGUGAUCUGAUGAGAACAUCAUUGGUAGAAGAUUCCGUGACGCCAUCGCCGACAUUUGAUUUUCCAUCCCUUAUUGGCGACGAUAGCUUGGAAGUUAGCAAGGGCGAAGACGAAACUAGUCUUAUCAGUUUAGAUACGCAGUCCGAUCUUGCACCUGGCGAAACACAGCUCUUUAAAAAACAUAUGAUAGAUAGUUUAAUAGAUGAAUCUCCCACACCCGAAGCAAACCUAUCAUCUGUAUUGAAGCCGAUUAGCUCUGAAGAUUAUCAUGGCUUUACAAUUCAGGGAUCAAAUAUACCAACAAUACCAUGCCAUACAGGUGAUUCAUCUAUAACUACAGCAGAUUUAGAUUCGGAUAACUAUUCCAAUUACUAUAAGAACAUGUAGCAUUGUAAAAAUGUAAGUAUUAUUUAUGUGUAAAUAUAUAAUAUAUA